AUGAUUCGAUUUAGCCUAUUACAUCUAUGUGCGUGGCAUCUUGUUCGAUGGUGCUUAUAUGGAAAUUUCCAAAAAUCAAAGAACAUUCUAAUAUCCGAACCAGAAUGGACAACAGAAAUAAUCAGUACAAUUUAUCGUCGAAUGACUAUACCUUUUCAACUAGUUAGUAUGAUGUUACUGGGCAACUGUCUCAUGAAAGUCACUACAUUGCCAUUUACUAUCAUUGGUAGCAUUGCAUGGUGGCUCCUGCUUUACUUGAAUACUCCAACAAUAUACAAAGUAAAAAGUUCACUCGAUAAAGUAAUUUGCUUCUCCUCACUUGUACUUCAUUACUUGGAUACACAAGUACUGAAUCCUGAGAAUCAGUCGAUGAUGAAUAAUGUUUUUAUUCAUAUACUAUCCAUGUCUACCAUCAUGUUAUCAGGAGUAAUUUUAAUGGAUUUAUCAAUGGAUUUGUUGGAAUUUCGUACACGUGCAGUGGCUAAUGCAUUAGUUCGUAUUUCUCGUUAUUAUACAUUGAUAUUUCAAGUUCGAACUAAUAAUAUCAUAUAUUUGAUAUUUUUUCUACAAUCAUUAAGUGCUGUUUAUUACUUUACAUUUAUAUCUACAACUAUCAUAGUUUUGAGUUUUGGAACGAUAUUUUCAGUUUUCUUCAUAAUGAUAUUAAUCUGGAACAUUGUAGUAGUUGGAUUCUGUCAAUAUUCCAAACUUGAAAUCCCUCUACCGGGUACUCAUCGACCAAUACCAAUUGGUUUUGAGUACGUUUUAUUCUAUUAUAGUGCGACAGUUUUUCAUUGUACUCUUUUCAUUGCAUUAAUUGUUACUGAAAUUGUUCUGUGA